GGAAUUCUAUCACAGCUGUCUUACGCCCAUACGCCCAAAGUUUCAUGGCUUCAUCUCUAGCCCUACGCCGUGCCACCUCCUCUCCUCUCUUCACAAAACUUGUCAGCCCAAUACGGGUUGCCUCUGCUUCUCGCUCCUUCAAUACCAACGCUCAGGUUGCUAACUACGAGGAUGGCGAAGACCGCCGCACCGUCUCUCGCCACCGGGAUUCUCCUUCCAAUCUCUUCUCAGAUGUGUUUGAUCCGUUUUCUCGGACGAGAAGUUUGAGCCAGGUGCUGAACUUGAUGGAUCAGUUCAUGGAGAACCCAUUAGUGGCAGCAUCACGAGGCAUGGGAGCUGUGUCGAGAAGAGGAUGGGACGUAAAGGAGGAGAAAGACGCUCUGUUCGUAAGAAUGGACAUGCCGGGACUGGGGAAAGAGGACGUGAAGGUGUCAGUGGAGCAGAACACACUCAUCAUCAAAGGCGAAGGAGGCAAAGAAUCGGAGAGCGAUGAGAGUGGAAGGAAAUACACCAGCAGAAUCGAUCUGCCGGCUAAUCUGUACAAGUUUGAUGAGAUCAAGGCAGAGAUGAAGAAUGGUGUACUGAAGGUGGUGGUUCCUAAAGUUAAGGAAGAUGGGAAGAAAGAUGCGUUUCAAGUCAAUAUCAAUUGAGGUUGAACCCUCUGUUUUUGCUUGCAAAUUUUUGAACUAGAGUUUCCACUGUCUUUGAUUGACUCCUAAUUCCAAGUUUAACCCAUAUCUAUCUCAAGCUUGUUUUCAAUCAAGUAGAAAAUAAAUUGUAAUCUUAAAUCUUGGAGUAGAAGAAUAGGGAGAGAAAGUGUGCUAUUUUCUAUCACUAUGUACGCAUCGAUUCCAGGAAAUAGUUUUUGUAUCUCUCAUUUGUUUGGAUUCUUGUUGAAUAUGAUUUAGAUUUUAUCAAACACGUUCAACCAUCAGGGUUUUA